AUGACCUGGUACAGGAAUCUCCCUCCUAACUCCAUCAAGUCUUGGGCCGAGCUCAAGGAACUCUUUCUGAGUCACUUCACUGCUUCCCGCCGUCAACCGAAAUCAGAGGCAAACCUCAAAGCUGUAGUCCAAGGGACCAACGAGCCUCUCCGAGACUACCUCGACAGAUUCAACAAGGAGGCCGUCCAAGUGGAGACGACCGAUUACAUGAAAAGGUAUCUCCUCGAGCGAGGGCUCCUCCCCGACAGCGAAUUCAGGAAAGCGAUAAAGAUCGAAAAAAUGCAAUCUAUGAACGCCAUCUUGAAAAGGGCGCAGGCUUUCAUCUCCUUCGAGGAAGGCGAAGCGGCCGCAGUCAAAGCAUCAAGGGGAAAUGGCGUUACUCGGAGCUCGAGCCAAGACCCGUCCGCCGCGCCCCGAGCAAACGAGAGAAAGAGGGACGACAGGUCCCGCGACACAAAGAAGCGCAGAGGGCCAGCAGGACGCUUCAACGACUAUACCCCCCUGAAAGUUUCACGGGAGAAGAUCCUGGCCGAGUGCAUAAACGCCGAGUUCAGAAACUCCAACAUCAGGCCCCCGAAGCCGAAUCCCUCCCGGCCGGGGACCGACAAGUCCAAAUACUGCAAGUAUCACAAGAGCCACGGGCACCUGACAGACGAGUGCAUACACCUGAAGGACGCCAUCGAGACACUGAUCAAAGAGGGUCACCUUUCUAAGUACACAAAGAGAGGAGACCCUCCCAGAAGGAAUGACCGUCGGAGCUCCGACGAGGGCAAUUCACCGAAUGCCAGGCCGCUGCAGGUAGCGUUAUCCGUCACCCGACCAGAAGACUUCAUACCCUCGGUCGGAGUGACAUCUGCCCUCAGCGUCUGGGAAGGGUUCCCGACAGCAAUGCUGAUAUCCAACGGCGGGGACCCUAGCUCCCUCAUAAUCGGCUCCGUGAAAAGGAAGUUCGACGAGUUGAUCAGCGCCACCACGGACAUGACCCCAACCCUGAGGAGAUUUAAAGGGAGGUCAGAACCAAUCACUUUCUACUUGGAGGAGCUACCCGGCGGCGCCCCGAACGCCACAAUCCCACUGCUCGUGCGAGCGAGGAUGGCGAACUUCGACGUCCGUCGGGUCCUGGUCGACGAGGGAAGCUCGGUCGACAUCAUGUACUCCCACCACUUCCAAACCCUACAGCUGGACGACUCACAUCUCACUCCUUACGUGGGCUCCGACCUCCAAGGAUUCAACGGAACAACCACAAAGCCGUGGGGUUACGUCGAACUGCUCGUCUCCUUCGGGGAGGGGGAAGGGAAGCUUCCAGGCAAGUCAAGACACGGUUCUUGGUGA